UUGUAGUGAAUCUGUGUUGUAGUCUGCAGUGCUUUGCAGGAGUAUUGUUUAUUAUUUAUUAUUAAAAUAAAGUUACUUUUAUCGCUUAAACAUUUCAAAAAGAGUAUAAAAAUGGAGGUGAUUGUUGCAAAUGUUGAUCAUAUAAAAUUUGAUAUAGACUACGCAUUAGAACAGCAGUAUGGAGCGUUACCGUUACCCUUUCCCGGGAUGGACAAAUCAACAGCGGCUGUGUGUGAAUUUUUCAGUCAACCGGGUGGUUGCAGCAAUGGGCCACAAUGCCCCUAUAGGCACGUGAGAGGUGAUAGAACGGUUGUGUGUAAACAUUGGCUACGAGGGCUAUGCAAAAAGGGCGACCAGUGUGAAUUCUUGCACGAAUAUGACAUGUCCAAGAUGCCUGAAUGUUAUUUCUAUGCAAGGUUUAAUGCAUGCCACAACAAAGAGUGUCCAUUCCUUCACAUAGAUCCUGAGAGUAAAAUUAAGGACUGCCCGUGGUAUGACAGAGGUUUCUGCCGGCAUGGCCCACACUGUAGACACAGACAUGUCAGAAGAGUGUUAUGUAUGAACUACCUAGCCGGUUUCUGUCCUGAUGGUCAGAGCUGCAAGUACAUGCAUCCGAGGUUUGAACUGCCCGCUCCUCCGGAACAAACCAAAGAUCAGAAACGUUUGCCUGUCUGUCAUUAUUGCUCAGAAGUUGGUCAUAAAGCUUCAUCGUGUAACAAGAUACCACCUGAUCAAAGAGAAGUAGCUCAAAAGCAAGAAGAAGCAAGAUACAGAGCACUAGGCUAUGUCAAACCAGCUAGUGACAGCGACGACAUGCAUCGACUACAACGUAUGAUACACAAACCAUUAGAAGAGGUCACGUGUUUCAAGUGCGGUACAAAAGGACACUACGCCAAUAAGUGCCCUAAAGGUCACCUUGCAUUCUUGUCAAAUCAAAGCGGCCAGAACAAUAACAACGUGUUCAAGAAACCUAACUAGUAUAGGUAUGUGAAGCCUAAAUAAGCGGCUUCAACUGACUCUGAACUCUUGUUGUGAAAGUUAAGUGAAGUUAUAUUUGUAGUCAUCUUUGAAGCUAUGCGUCGCAAGACUUUGUUAUAUGUACAAGUUACAAGUGACUAAACCUUUUAAUAUAUGAGUAUGGAGGUAGUGACUUUUUCAUUAAGUACUAGUAAAUUUUUAAGCAAUUGAUUUGCUUGUAGUAUUAUAAAUUUGAUCAUUACAAUAAUGAAUUGUUGUAUAGCAACUAUGUCAGGAAACCCAUGUCAAACCAUACAAAUCCCUCUGCCACGUUGCAUAUGAAUUAAAUAAGUAUGCACAUAAAGGGUUUCGGCAAUGGGGUUAGCUUGUUCCAAAUGUUGCGAAACAAAGAUGACAAUGUCAUUAAAAAUAUAAAGUGUAAGAUAUAUUUGUAUGCUGAAUGUUUAAGCCAUACAAACUUUUGGCUAAUAUUGCAGUUUGUUGAUAUAAUCCUGUAUUUUCUAACAUUUGAAAGUAAGAAUUUGUCUACUUUAAAUAAAUAAAUAAAUAAAUUCAAAAGAUAAGAGGGGAUAUCGUGAGGAAUUUAUUUCUAUUUUUAACAAUAAUAAACAAAAUUGUCUGAAAACCUUAUAGAAAGACAUGUGAGUAUAAAUAUGUAAAUAAAUACUUAAAAUGUAUAUUAAAAUAAAAUAUGAAAUUCUCA